CGUUGUUUAGUGAGGAGAGCAGAACGGACAGGUUAGUUCAGAACAACUCUUCCUCAUUCAGUCAACAGCUGAGCUUCAGAAACAUCAUGAUGGUCAAACUGGUCCCAGUCAGAGUCCUGCUUCUGCUGCUGGUUCUCUGGGCUACAGUUUGUGGAAGAGCUCCUCUGAACUCUAAGACUGACUCCAGGAUUGUUGGUGGUCAGGAUGCAUCUGAAGGAGCGUGGCCGUGGCAGGCCAGUCUGGAGAUCAGGAACGGACUGUGUGGAGGGUCUCUGAUCAACAACCAGUGGGUUCUAUCUGCUGCUCACUGUUUUAGCAGCACAAGCACAUUUGGAGUCAGUAUUUACCUCGGCCGACACAACCGGCAAUCGCCCCUGAGCUCUAACGAGUUGAGACGUGGAGCCUCACAGAUCAUCGUCCAUGAAAACUAUGACUCCAACUCAUUUGACAAUGACAUCGCUCUGGUGCAGCUGGACUCUACGGUGGACUUCACCAACUACAUCCAGCCCGUCUGUCUGGCUGCGGAGGGGAGCGCCUUCCCAGACGGACUGGACGUCUGGGUCACUGGCUGGGGAACCAUCCAGAGCGGAGUCAGUCUUCCUGCCCCUCAGACGCUGCAGGAAGUAGAUAUUCCCAUCGUGUCCAACAGUCGGUGUGCCUCAUCCUACAGCACCUUAACGGCCAACAUGGUCUGCGCCGGUCUGUCUGCUGGAGGGAAGGACGCCUGUCAGGGAGACUCUGGUGGACCUCUGGUGACCAAGAAUGGUUCGGUGUGGGUCCAGGCUGGGAUAGUGAGUUUUGGCAGAGGCUGUGCCGAGCCUGACUUCCCAGGAGUUUACGCCCGAGUGUCAAAAUACCAGAGCUGGAUCAACAACCGGAUCAGCACCAACCAACCCGGAUUCAUCAACUUCCAGGGUUCAACCGGAGCAGCGACCUUUGUCUCCAUGUCGCUCCCUCUGCUGCUGUCCGUCCCGCCGGCCGUCUUCUCUUUCUUUGUUCUCUCAUGAGGGUUUUAGCUGCUCUCUGCACAAUCCUUAUUUAUCACUGACAUCCUAUAACCAUGAGAAUAAAACGUUUCCUUUUUCCUGAGAUCAGAAUAAAGACUCUGAAGCUUUAAUGUUUACAUGUUAUUCAGGUUAUAAAUCCUGAAACUUCAGCCAGAAUCAGAUCUUUUAAUGUUUCGGAGGAGGUUGAACUGAUUCUGCUGGUUUUCUUUUAUUUUCUUUUAGAUUCUUGUUUGAUCAUCAAACGGUCUAUUUACUGUGAUUAUUGUGUUUUAUUGUGAAAUUAGAUAAAUCCAGCAAAUAAAUGAAGGAAAUCAGUUUUUUGUUCUGUUGGACUUUUCUGGGAAUGAAGGAGGAAUUAAUAAUAAAGGAAUGAACCUCU